AUCACAAAAGAAGCGAGACAAAGCGACAAGGAGUGAGGAGAUUCCAGCGGGACGCCGGACCGGGGAGACUGUGAAAGCGGCAGUAUUUGGGUUGGAGCUCAGGCGGCGGAGUUGGCGUGGCCGGAGAGAGCAGCGUGCUGUGACAGACUGUGAUGCACCACUUCAGGACUUGUGCCUCGAGGCUGCGGCCCCUCGCGGCCUCUCGGACCAAUCAGAACUUCCCGCAGCAGAGGCCAGCGGGGGCGCCCAGGACGUUUCGGCCAAUCAGGUGCUACACCGCGCCGGUGGCCACCGAGCCCUUCCUGAAUGGGACGAGCUCUAACUAUGUGGAGGAGAUGUACUACGCCUGGCUGGAGAACCCCAAGAGCGUGCACAAGUCUUGGGACAUCUUCUUCCGCAACGCUAAUGCAGGCGAGCCGCCGGGUGCAGCCUAUCAGAGCCCGCCCCCUGUGGGCAUCAGCCUAUCGGGGCUGACCCAGGCCCAGGGACUGGUGAGGGCCCAGCCCAAUGUGGAGAAGCUGGUGGAGGACCAUCUGGCAGUGCAGUCACUCAUCCGCGCAUACCAGAUCCGUGGCCACCACGUGGCUCAGCUGGACCCUCUGGGAAUAAUGGACGGCGAUCUGGACCUCUGCGUCCCCAUCGACAUUAUCACGUGUUCGGACAAACUCGUCCUUGCCAAGGUCAAACAGCGCCUCAAUAAACUGGUCAUCAGAGGUUUCUACGGGCUGGAUGAGUCGGAUCUGGACAAGGUGUUCCGCCUCCCCACCACCACCUUCAUCGGGGGCAGCGAGAGCGCUCUGCCCCUCAGAGAGAUCAUCCGCCGCCUGGAGAUGGCGUAUUGUCAGCACAUUGGGGUGGAGUUCAUGUUCAUCAAUGACGUGGAGCAGUGCCAGUGGAUCCGGGAGAAGUUUGAGACGCCGGGAGUGCUGCAGUUCACCCAGGAGGAGAGGAGCACCCUGCUGGCCAGGAUGGUGCGCUCGACCAGGUUUGAGGAGUUCCUGCAGAGGAAGUGGUCCUCGGAGAAGCGCUUUGGGCUGGAGGGGUGUGAGUCCCUGAUCCCCGCCCUCAAGACCAUCAUCGACAAAUCCAGUGAGAACGGCGUGGAGACCAUCAUCAUGGGCAUGUCCCACAGAGGUCGUCUGAACGUCCUGGCCAACGUGAUCCGGAAGGAGCUGGAACAGAUCUUCUGCCAGUUUGACUCGAAGCUGGAGGCUGCUGAUGAGGGCUCAGGUGAUGUAAAGUACCACUUGGGGAUGUACCACAGGAGGAUCAACCGCGUGACCAAUCGUAACAUCACCAUGUCGCUGGUGGCUAACCCCUCCCACCUGGAGGCAGUGGACCCUGUGGUGCAGGGCAAGACCAAGGCCGAGCAGUUCUACCGCGGGGACACAGACGGAAAAACAGUGAUGUCCAUCCUGCUGCACGGUGAUGCUGCAUUUGCUGGCCAGGGCGUGGUGUAUGAGACCUUCCACCUGAGCGACCUUCCAUCCUACACCACCCACGGCACUGUGCAUGUCGUCGUCAACAACCAGAUUGGUUUCACCACAGACCCCCGUAUGGCUCGCUCCUCUCCCUACCCCACGGACGUGGCUCGGGUGGUCAACGCGCCCAUCUUCCAUGUCAACGCCGACGACCCCGAGGCUGUGAUGUACGUGUGCAAGGUGGCGGCCGAGUGGAGGGCCACCUUCCACAAGGACGUGGUGGUGGACCUGGUGGGUUACCGGAGGAACGGCCAUAAUGAGAUGGACGAGCCCAUGUUCACGCAGCCGCUCAUGUACAAGAAGAUAAAGCAGCAGAAGGCCGGUCUGCAGAAGUACGCAGAGAAGCUCAUCUCCGAGGGGGUCGUCACGCUGCAGGAAUACCAGGAGGAGGUAAGCAGAUAUGACAGGAUCUGUGAGGAGGCGCACGAGCGCUCCAAGGAUGAGAAGAUUAUGCACAUCAAGCACUGGCUGGACUCUCCCUGGCCUGGUUUCUUCACUCUGGACGGUCAGCCGAAGAGCAUGAGCUGCCCUUCCACAGGACUGAGUGAGGAGGAGCUCAGUCACAUCGGCCAGGUGGCCUCAUCUGUGCCCCUGCAGGACUUCACCAUCCAUGGAGGACUGAGCCGCAUUCUGAAGGGCCGGGCUGCGAUGGUGGAGGCCCGCACGGUGGACUGGGCUCUGGGGGAGUACCUGGCCUUCGGCUCCCUGCUGAAGGAGGGCAUCCACGUGCGUCUCAGCGGCCAGGACGUGGAGAGGGGCACCUUCAGCCAUCGUCACCACGUCCUGCAUGACCAGAACGUUGACAAGAGGAUCUGCAUCCCCAUGAACCACAUCUGCCCCAACCAGGCGCCCUACACUGUGUGCAACAGCUCUCUGUCAGAGUACGGAGUUCUGGGGUUUGAGCUGGGCUUUGCCAUGGCCAGCCCCAACGCGCUGGUUCUGUGGGAGGCCCAGUUCGGGGACUUCCACAACACAGCCCAGUGCAUCAUCGACCAGUUCAUCUGCCCCGGCCAGGCCAAGUGGGUCCGGCAGAACGGCAUCGUGCUGCUGCUGCCCCACGGCAUGGAGGGCAUGGGCCCAGAGCACUCAUCUGCCCGUCCUGAGAGGUUCCUGCAGAUGUGCAACGACGACCCGGACGUGACCCCGAAAAUCACGGAGGACUUCGCCAUGCGGCAGCUGUACGACUGUAACUGGAUUGUGGUUAACUGCUCCACGCCUGCCAACUACUUCCACGUGCUGAGGAGGCAGAUCCUACAGCCCUUCAGGAAACCGCUCAUAAUUUUUACUCCCAAAUCCCUGCUGCGCCACCCAGAGGCCAGGUCCAGCUUUGAGGAGAUGCUUCCAGGCUCUCAGUUCCAGCGGCUGAUCCCAGAGCAGGGUCCUGCAGCACAGAGCUCAGGGAGGGUGAGACGCAUCAUCUUCUGCACAGGGAAAGUGUACUAUGAGCUCAACCGCGAGCGCAGAGCCCGUGGCAUGGAGGACGCGGUCGCUAUCGCUCGCAUCGAACAGCUCUCUCCAUUCCCCUUUGACCUGGUGAAGGCAGAGAUGGAGAAGUACCCUGAGGCUGACCUGGUGUGGUGCCAGGAGGAGCACAAGAACCAGGGUUACCAUGACUACGUCAGGCCUCGCAUGGGCACCGCCAUCGAGCACACACGCCCAGUCUGGUACGCUGGUCGUGACCCCGCUGCGGCUCCUGCCACAGGGAAUAAACACACUCAUCUGCUGGAGCUCCAGCGCUUCCUGGACACUGCCUUCAACCUGGACGCCUUCAAGGGCCAGUCAUAGCCGCCCCUGGUCCCCCUCAUCCCCAAAAAGACCCCCCACUGUCCCUCACCUACCCCCACCCCCCACCCUGUAUCACAGCUCCUGCUCUAACUCCAGCCACACACACCAUUCCUCAGCUCCCCUUCUUGCAGCACACAACGUCAGCCAAAGAAAAUGGUCAUCGCAAAAAAGCAAACGCACAAUGCCCUGGUUUCAACCGCAUUUCAAAUGGACGAUGAAGUCAGGUCAUGCAGAAUUCUCGCCUGCCAGCUGCCACACCAAAAAUUCUGCACAAAUUUUGCUUUUAUUCUUCCCAAGGGAUUCGUUCUACCGUCCGCUUAUUGGUGCAGUCAGCCUCCGUGUGAUGCUUCUGGGCUAAUCAUAGAAGUGUGCCUUGUACUGUACAUUAACGCUGAAGCCUGUUGCCCACAGCCAAGCAGCAGUAGGAAAGAGUCUUGGGUGGAACGGAUGUGCCACAGAGCCUGAUGGGACUUUAGGGAGGCUCUCCCGCCCAGGCGGUCCGUGACUGCCAGUGCUGCAGGGUGGAGCUCAGGGGCUGUUUAAUGUAGCAGUCAAUUUCUGCAGGACCCCCCCCCCCCCCCAACCAGACAUUACUGGCAUCACAUUGCCAUUAUCAGUGGCUCUCAUUUCACUUAUUUUUUUAACUUUUUAUUCGGUAUCAGGCAUUUAGUCCAGAGGUGACAUUUUCGAAUGAUCUUGUGAAGAACAAAAGUUGACUUCUCGCGUGGAAGAACACUGGGCUGCGUUGUACUGUGGCCUAUAGGUAAAAACACACGAGGUGACCAGCACCACUCAUGUGACGGUGGAACCCCCCCCCCACCCCUUCACUUUUUAUCCAUUGCUCCCAUUCUCCCUCCCUCCCUGCUCUGUGCCAAAACCUUUUUUCCUGAAGACUGGAAUAUGAAAUUAUCUUUUGAAAACCAAAAAGAUGUAACAUUUUAGCCGCAAGAGGAACAUAUAUUCCAAUGCAAAAAAAUGAAUAAAUCACUAUUUGUUUUUGUUUUUUUAUCUCUCUGGAACAAAAUUAUUGAUUUAUUUAUUUUCAUACAGGUGAUGCACAUUAUUGUUUUUAUUGUAUUUUGCUCUUGUUCAAUAAAAACACCUUGCAUUUU